UUGCUAUUGGCCAGAUGUCGUGUUUUGCAGAAAAAGGAGUGAGGACGUUGGUUUCAGCUGGAAGGAAUCGAUACGGUGAGGAUUUAUCAAGAUUUUGCACGCGAUGGUCGCCGCGUCACGUGAGGAGCAGCGCGCGUAGGAGAUGCGCGUGGCGCUGCGGCUGGCGGUGGUGGCUGUCCCGAUGGGGGUGCUGCUGUCCCGGACCAUGGCCUGGAUAUCCAGCGGAAAAACGCACCCGGAGCUCAUCGGCCGGCUGAGGGAUCACGGGGUGAUCCGCAGCGACCGAGUGUUUGAUGCCAUGCUGGCUACAGACCGAGGGCUGUACGCGAUAGACUAUCCUUAUGCAGACUCUCCUCAGUCCAUAGGGUACAGAGCGACCAUCAGUGCACCACACAUGCACGCUCAUGCUUUAGAGCUGUUAAGUGACAAACUAACUGAAGGGGCAUCGGCGCUGGAUGUGGGUUCAGGAAGUGGAUAUCUCACAGCCUGUUUUGCAAGAAUGACAGGACCUAGUGGUAAAGUGGUUGGCAUUGAACACAUUGAUGAAUUGGUUCAAAUGUCAAUAAAAAAUGUGCAAGCUGACGACCCAGAACUGCUGACCUCUGGACGCAUCAAACUUAUGGUGGGAGAUGGAAGGUUCGGCCACUCAGAAGGAGCGCCGUAUGAUGUCAUUCAUGUUGGUGCAGCGGCAGCUACUGUUCCUCAUGCUCUCUUGGAGCAGCUGAAGUCCGGUGGGCGGUUGGUUCUCCCCGUGGGCCCCGAUGGGGGCAGUCAGGUGUUAGAACAGUACGACCGGAAGAGCGACGGGACCUUUGUCAAGAAAGCUCUGAUGGGAGUGGUUUACGUCCCCCUGACCGACAGGAGGCGUCAGUGGCCCGGAGGUGAGCUCUGACUGCAGUGCGGUUGCCCCCACAGAAGGUGGCGUUGGUGCUGCAUCCCCGGGGCUCAGUAGCUUCCCCCGGUUUCACUGAGCCCUUGUGGGUUGUCGCCCGGCGACGUACAACGAGGACCCUUCUCCGUUUGCCCGACCAGAUUGUCUUCUAAGAGGGAUACAACUGUGAGCGAAUGAAUGCGCGACCACCACUGGACCGAGGAGCUCAAUCCACGGGGGCAGAGAGUGAUUGAAGUGAUUCAGAGAAUUCUAUCUGGGUGAGCCAGGAAAGUUCAGCCAUGAGAAAAGCGCAAUAUCCACUUAAGAAGCUACAGAAUGUGUUCUUCUGAAUGCUAAUGGGAUAUUCAGAUAAGUGUUUAAUUUGUGACUAUGACUGCAAUAACACAUAAAGUAUAAGAAAAUCCAAGUAUAAGCCAAGGAAAUUAAAUUCAGUAAAUUAA